UCCCCCUUCUACACGAUCACGCUGAGCUAGUACCCGCACCUGGAAUCGGGUCGCAACCCCAGCCGCGCCUGCCGCCUGCCACUGCCUCUGGACCAUGGACCCCCGCAAAGUGAGCGAGCUUCGGGCUUUCGUGAAAAUGUGUAAGCAGGAUCCGAGCGUUCUGCACACCGAGGAAAUGCGUUUCCUGCGGGAGUGGGUGGAGAGCAUGGGGGGUAAAAUACCACCUGCCACUCAUAAAACUAAAUCAGAAGACAGUAUCAAGGAAGAAAAACCAGAUAGUAAGAAGGCGGAGGAAAACAUAAAGACAGAUGAACCAUCAAGUGAGGAGAGUGAUCUAGAAAUUGACAAUGAAGGUGUGAUUGAACCAGAUACCGAUGCCCCUCAAGAAAUGGGAGAUGAAAAUGCAGAGAUAACCGAGGAAAUGAUGGAUCAGGCAAAUGAUAAAAAAGUGGCUGCCAUUGAUGCCCUAAAUGAUGGUGAACUACAGAAAGCCAUUGACUUGUUCACAGAUGCCAUCAAACUAAAUCCUCGCUUGGCCAUUCUGUAUGCCAAGAGAGCCAGUGUCUUCAUCAAAUUACAGAAGCCAAAUGCUGCCAUUCGAGACUGUGACAGAGCUAUUGAAAUAAAUCCUGAUUCAGCUCAGCCUUAUAAGUGGCGCGGGAAAGCACAUAGACUUCUGGGCCAUUGGGAAGAAGCAGCACAUGAUCUUGCCCUUGCUUGCAAACUGGAUUAUGAUGAAGAUGCUAGUGCGAUGCUGAAAGAAGUUCAGCCGAGGGCCCAGAAAAUCGCUGAACAUCGGAGAAAAUACGAGCGAAAACGUGAAGAACGAGAGAUCAAAGAAAGAAUAGAAAGGGUUAAGAAGGCUCGGGAAGAACACGAGAGAGCCCAGAGGGAGGAAGAAGCCAGACGACAAUCAGGAGCUCAGUAUGGCUCUUUCCCAGGUGGCUUUCCUGGGGGGAUGCCUGGUAAUUUUCCUGGAGGAAUGCCUGGAAUGGCAGGGGGGAUGCCUGGAAUGGCAGGAAUGCCUGGGCUCAAUGAAAUUCUUAGUGAUCCGGAAGUUCUUGCAGCCAUGCAGGAUCCAGAAGUUAUGGUGGCCUUCCAGGAUGUGGCCCAGAACCCAGCGAAUAUGUCAAAAUAUCAGAGCAACCCAAAGGUUAUGAAUCUCAUCAGUAAAUUGUCAGCCAAAUUUGGAGGUCAAGCAUAAUGCCCUUCUGACAAAUAAAGCCCUUGCUGAAGGAAAAGCAACUUCGAUCACCUAAUGGAUGUCGCAAUAAUACAAACCAGUGUACCUCUGACCUUCUCAUGAAGAAAGCUGAGGUGCUGUGAAGAGAAUCCCUACCCGUCUGCUCCCCAUGCAACUGAAACAUUCUACAAUGGUUUGCCAUUAGGGUAUUCAUUCAGAUAAUGUUUUCCUACUAGGAACUACAAACUUUAAACACUUUUUAAACCUUAAAAAUAUUUAAAAACAUAUUAAAAGGGUGUGUUAGUCCCUACAUUUUUCUUUACUAAUCAUUUCAGUUUUUUUCCUUUGGAUUAAUUGGGCAAGGAAGAUAUUUCAGUGUGGAAGAUUCAUUGCUCAGUUACAACGAGUGAAAUAAAGGUUUAUUAGUAGGAGGCAAAUAAUACAUUAAAAUAGAUGAAGUUUGAGUUGGAGAUACGGUUUCUGAGGCAUUUUGACUUGUCUUUUUAAAUGCUUUAUUUUUUAAACACAAUUUAUUUUGAUAGAACCAUUGGGACCACCAGUAUUGCAGUCGGACCUGGGUAGGGACCAGAAGUGCUUGGCAGGGCAGCAACAACCUUACUCCUUUUAUAUAGUGUGCACCCUUGUGCAGAUGCAUUUAAAUCUUACACUGUGGUGAAGGGAUGAUUUUUAUAAUGCUGCAGUAGACUUGGAUUACUUAGCUGUGUUCUUGUCUGAU